CGCACUUGCAGCGGUGCGUGCGUCGACUCCGUCGCGGAUAGACCGUUUUCACUGCUGAACUGUCGUGUGAGUGAACUUCUCUUAUUCUCAGAGGACAAACAGAAGUCGAACUUUAUUGGACGAAGCCCCCUGGAUUCUCAAAUGAAGCUUUGAAGCCACUAACAGACGUUUACUGUGAAAAGUGGAAGACGCCGAGGAUAAAUAUCCGCGUUUUCCUCAAAACGUUGCUAAAUGAUGCUUAGGUUUUUGGUGUUAGCUGUUGUCUUGUGUGCAAAGUCUAUACACGGGGGUUCAGAGUUUCAGGAACCAUGUGCUGGCCGGAAAUGUGAUGGAGCGUGCCCGUGUUUGCCCUUAAAGGGUAGCAGGGGGCAACCAGGGCAACUUGGACUCGUGGGGAUCAGUGGUCCUGAGGGUUUCAUUGGGGCCUUGGGGCCCGUUGGCCCCAAAGGAGAAAAGGGUCAUGUAGCACGCCAAGGGCCCUCUGGACUAAAAGGGGACAAGGGCCCAAUGGGUGUUCCAGGGUUUUCUGGAAAUGGUGGUGUUCCUGGACACCCUGGUCAGGAGGGUCCCAGGGGACCACCAGGUCUGGAUGGCUGUAACGGCACGCGAGGUGACCCAGGUGACAGAUCCCGUGAUGGAUUUCCUGGUUUACCUGGAAUAGCUGGACUCAAUGGUCAAAAAGGACAGAAAGGAGAACCACGUUAUGUAGAUAUUGUAACAUCCAAUAUAGGGGUCAAAGGUGGCAAUGGCCUUCCAGGUCCAGCUGGAUUUCAAGGACCAGACGGAGAUCCAGGUCAAAGUGGACCCAGAGGUCCAGAUGGAUUUAUUGGUCCUGCUGGUCCACCUGGUCCUCCUGGACCUCCAGGAAGUCCAGGUCAAGGAUACAAAGGGGAGCCUGGAGACAAGGGAGAUGUUGGUCAACCAGGAAACAUGGGAAGUCCGGCCGUUCAGUUUAACGCACCAGCAAUAAGCACUAUCAACAAAGGAGCGAAGGGAGAGAAAGGCUAUGCUGGUAAUCCAGGCCUCACCGGGAGACCAGGACCAACAGACCCAUUUAGUUAUACAGGCGAGACUGGUGAAAAGGGAAUCCUGGGCUUGCCAGGCUUGAGGGGUCCACCUGGUCUGAAUGGACCUCCUGGGGCUCCUGGCAGAAAAGGCUUCAUUGGAAGUGUAGGGCUUGAAGGCCAACCAGGCUUUCCUGGACUAAAAGGCGACAUAGGAGAGCAAGGUCCACCUGGACCAUACUUUCCUUCAACAGAUUACAUUCCAGGUCCUCGAGGUGAUCCUGGCUUUCCUGGUUAUCCAGGGCUAAAUGGAGAUCUAGGUCCUUCAGGACCUCCUGGCCUGCCUGGUCCUCCAGGAAUACCUUCUUUUGUCACAGGUCGUCCAGGCAGUCGUGGGUUCCCUGGUAGUCGUGGACUCAAAGGACAGAGAGGAAACCCAGGUCGGGAUUCCAAUAGCCCUGAAGGUCUUGCCGGAAGUCAAGGCCUUCCUGGACCCCCAGGUCCACCUGGACCACCAGGCCAGACAUUAUCUGUAAAUUCUGUCUCUGUGCCAUUACCGGGACUUCCAGGUCAGAGAGGACCACCUGGGGACAGAGGCUAUAAAGGGUUUAAAGGAGAAGAUGGUGACUGCAAUUGUUUGGGUGGAGCAUCAGCUGGUGCACAGGGACUUCCAGGGCCUGCAGGGCCCCCUGGCCUUACUGGACCUAGUGGUGCGAAGGGAGAAAUUGGUGACCAAGGCUUCCCAGGAUCACGUGGACAACAGGGCCCAUUUGGCCGUGCGGGUGAGAGAGGCUUUUUUGGCCGUAAAGGAGAGAAAGGUAAUGCCUUCUUCCCCCAAGGCAGAGGACAAAAAGGUGACUUUGGUCAGCAGGGGCCUCUUGGGCCACUUGGAGCAAGCGGCAAUCCUGGGAGAGAUGGAUCUCCUGGCUUUCCUGGACAACCAGGCCCACCAGGAGAUUCUGGUUUUGGUGUGACUGGGGAUAAAGGUUUUCCUGGUAUCCCAGGGUUCAAAGGUCGUCCUGGUGCUGUUGGCGAUCCUGGAUUUGGCUAUCCUGGUGUAGCUGGGUUCAAAGGGGCACAAGGUGAUCCUGGAUUUAAUGGUCUUCCUGGAUCACCUGGACUUCCAGGGCCUCCAGGUGACAGCUGUUGGCAGGCGGGGCUUAAUGAUGCCUCUUUGGAAGAGGGAGGAACACCGCUGCCCUGCAGGAUUCCUGGGGAACUUGGGGAACCAGGAUUUGGUGGACUUCCUGGGGUGCCAGGAUCACAGGGUCAGCCUGGUCCCAAAGGAGUGAGCGGACGCCCAGGUUUUGAUGGGCAAAAGGGGGAGAGAGGAGAACCAGGCACUGGAGGUCUGCCAGGACCACAGGGUUUCUCUGGACCCAGAGGAGAUCCAGGUUUACCAGGAGUUACAAAUGCUGGCUUACAAGGGCCUCCAGGAAGAGACGGUUUUUCAGGUGUGCCAGGAGCAAAGGGAGAACCAGGUGUGGUGCUUGGAGCCACCCCUGGAGAUCCAGGUCUUCCAGGAAGACCAGGAAAUCCAGGAGACAAGGGUCAACCUGGGACACCUGGUUUACCCGGGACACCUGGUUUGGAUGGACGCAAUGGUUUUUCUGGUUCAAAGGGUGAGCGAGGUGUGUAUGGAAUACCUGGUCCCCAGGGUCCCAUUGGUCCAAUGGGGGAAUUGCCUCCUGGGGGUGUCUCUGGACUCAGAGGGCCAGAUGGAUUUAGAGGAUCUCCUGGGCCAUCAGGUUACCCUGGGCAGAAGGGUGUGAGAGGAGAUCCAGGGCCUCCAGGGACUGGUGGAAUAAAGGGUGCCACUGGUUUUCCUGGCGUCCCAGGACCACAGGGAUUUAGGGGACCACCUGGUCCCCCUGGUCCUGGAACACGUCCAGGCAUACCUGGACGGCCAGGAAUAAAAGGGGAGAGGGGAUCUCCUGGGAUGUUAGGAUUCCCUGGAUUUCCUGGUUCUCCUGGAAUUCCAGGUAACCCAGGUAUCAAAGGUUCGCCUGGUUUAAUUGCGCAGAAUGGCUUCCCUGGGCAAAAUGGACCAAAAGGACUAAAAGGGGAUCGUGGCUUUGAAGGUCCUCCGGGACCCCCUCCUCCAUUGAUUCCAUCGGAGCUGCUGGUAAAGGGUGAACCAGGUGUCACAGGAAGCAGUGGAUUGCCUGGUUUCCCAGGACCAAGAGGUGAUAAGGGUUUCUCGGGGACACCUGGACGUCCAGGGUUACCUGGACGACCUGGUAUUGCCAACCAAGCAAAAGGUUUUCCUGGCCAGCCUGGAAACCCUGGUAUUCCUGGCUCCUCUGGCUUCCCUGGACCCAAAGGAUCACCUGGUGUCAUGGGCUUCCCUGGCAUGCCAGGACCGAGGGGUGAUGAUGGUGGACCUGGAUUUCAAGGGUUUCCAGGUAGUCAAGGGCAGCCCGGUGGAAAAGGAGAGAAAGGUGACUCGUAUUCAUUACCUGGGCCCCCUGGACCAAAAGGUAUGGUGGGAAGUUCUGGAUUCACAGGUGGUCCAGGACGUCCUGGUGAACAAGGUGAACCAGGUUUCCCAGGAGCCUCAGGAUACCAAGGCCAGAAAGGUUAUCCUGGAGAGCCAGGAGCACCAGGAUUUGGUGGCCCGCCAGGUCUCUCAGGCAGUAGGGGUCUCAAUGGUUAUCCAGGACAGAAGGGACGUGAUGGAGAGUCAGGUCGUCUUGGACCUGUAGGUCCAGCAGGAGAAAAAGGUCUGCCAGGCUCACCAGGUUUAGAUGGACUCAAUGGUCUUCCAGGCUCCAAGGGGCCCCCUGGAGUUCCAGGUGUGAUUGAAGGUGGUCAGCCAGGAGCCCCUGGUAGGGAUGGCCUGAAGGGAGAGAGAGGCCCAUCACAGCCCGGUUCCCGUGGCUUGCCUGGAGAAAGAGGAUUUAAAGGAGAGAAUGGUGCCCCUGGUCGACGAGGCUACCCUGGUAAUCCAGGCCCCCCUGGCCAACCUAGUUCUUCUUAUAUCCCAGGUCCUCUCGGAGACUCUGGACUUCCCGGAUUAGAUGGACGAGAAGGUACCAUUGGCCCUCCUGGCCUUCCUGGUCCACCAGGCCCUGGAACAGUCCAAGGAGACAGAGGAGAUGCCGGAUACCCUGGACUACCCGGCAUACCAGGAGCACGUGGAGACCCAGGUGUUUCUGGAGGCAUUGGAUUACAAGGCAACCCUGGAUUCAAAGGACAAAAAGGUGAUGCUGGUUUUAGUGGUAUACCUGGGCCACCAGGAUUUCCUGGAGAAUCAGGGAUUUACGGCAGGCAAGGAAACAAAGGAGAGAAGGGUUAUCCUGGUCGUAAGGGGCGUCCAGGCAGUGUAGCCGCACCUACCAACCUAACUCGGCCACUUGGGGAUCCUGGCCUACCAGGGUUUGAUGGGCCUUUUGGUCAGCCGGGAACACCAGGCCAGCCAGGCAGUCCAGGUACCCCAGGUCCCAAAGGAUUCAGAGGACCAGUGGGUAGACUUGGUCCAGUUGGUGCAGCUGGAUCUCCAGGAGGUUUUGGUGAGCCUGGAUCUUCAGGGAUCCAAGGACCCACUGGAACCCAAGGUCCCCCUGGCCAACCAGGGUUGCCAGGUCCUCCAGGUUUACCUGUACGCAGUAGCGGCAUUGGCUAUACUAUGGUAAAACAUAGUCAGUCCAGCUUGGUGCCCAUGUGUCCACAAGGCAUGGCAAAGUUGUGGGAGGGCUACAGUUUGCUGUAUGUGGAGGGACAGGAGAAAGCUCACAGUCAGGAUCUGGGUUUGCCUGGUUCCUGCCUGACUCAUUUCAGCACUAUCCCCUUCUUGUACUGCACAGUCAAUGAACUUUGUUACUAUGCCAGCCGCAAUGACAAAUCCUAUUGGCUGUCCACCACGGCGCCCAUUCCCAUGAUGCCUGUGGCAGAUCAGCAGAUUUCUCAGUACAUUAGUCGCUGCUCAGUGUGCGAGGCCCCUGCUCAAGCAAUCGCUGUCCAUAGUCAAGAUCUCUCCAUACCUACAUGCCCUCAGGGCUGGAGAAGUCUGUGGAUUGGUUAUUCCUUUCUGAUGCACACGGCCGCAGGUGCAGAGGGAGGCGGUCAGUCUUUGGUGUCUCCUGGUUCUUGUCUGGAGGAUUUCCGUGCCACACCCUUUAUUGAGUGCAAUGGUGCCCGCGGCACCUGCCACUACUUUGCCAACAAGUACAGUUUCUGGUUGACCACGGUAGAGCGGGACGAACAGUUCGUCCAGAGUCCAUCCCAGGAGACACUGAAAGGAGAGCAGUACCGAUCACGCAUCAGUCGCUGUCAAGUCUGCAUGAAGAUCUUGUAGCUUCUGUAGAUCUUGUAGCUUCUGUAGAUGCAGGAGAAAGAGACUUAAACAGGAAGUGUGGGUGAGAUGAGAAGAGGCGUUUGAUGAUAAAGGAAAAAAAGUGAACUGAGGGAUUUGAUAUCAUGCCCUUGACCUAAGGACUGUAUGACACCCAGCAGUGGUAAUGUGAUGGAUAAUAUGGGGGUUUGAAUGAAAAGAAAUGAAGAGAUUUUUUCUCUCUUUACCUGCUUAUUAUCAACAGUGGUGCUACAUUACAUAUUUGAAAUAUGUAUGUGUUUACAUUAAUUGUCGGUCAGAUGCUUUCCAAACUCCCAGUGGAUGACUUCUGAUUAAGCUGGUUGUUACUACAUUUCAAGUACACUAUACUCUGUAUUAGCUUCACUAGCCGAUAUUGGUGCUUCUCUAAUAAUGGUGUUGACCAGAGCGUCUUUCUUGUUUAGCAUUGGCGAAAAUGGACAAGCCAGCACGUUUUAAUCUAUGUCAAAGAGUGAGAUCACUUAAAACACUUAUGAUUAUCUAACCCCAUAAUAAUGGAUCCAAUAUGAAUUGCACUGAAGUGAAUAUUUGAAAAAUUAUGUCAAGGUUUUUUCACAUCAUGUGCAGUUGAUCUAAGUAAAUUCACCUAGGCCUUUUAAACAUCCAUCAAACAUUAAUGAUGAUUAUGUUUAUCACUUUACAGAUUUUAAAGGGAUAGUUCACACAAAAAUAAUUAUCUCUCAUCAUUUGCUUGUGCUCAUGCCAUCCCAGAAUAUUUCAGCUCUGUUGGUCCAUACAAUGCAAAUUAAUGGGCACCAAAAAAGCUUUGAAGCUCCAAAAAUCAGAUAAAGACAGUGUAAAAGUUAUACAUAAGACUGCAGUACUUUAAUCCAUGUCUUCUGAAGUGAUAUGAUAGCUGUGGGUGAGAAACAGAUCAAUAUUUAGGUCAUUGUUUACUAUAAAUCUCCACUUUUACUUUUUUGUUUUUGGUGAUUCUCAGUCUUCAUGCAUAAUGCCACCUACUGGGUAUAUACUGAGAAUUUAUAGUAAAAAAAAGGACUAGAAAUUGAGCUGUUUUUCACCCACAGCUAUCAUAUCUCUUCUGAAGAUAUGGAUUUAGCCACUGGAGUAUGGAUUACUUUUAUGCUGCCUCUUAUGUGUUUUUUGGGGCUUCAAAGUUUUGGUCACCAUUCACUUGCAUUGUAAGGACAUACAGAUCUUAAAUAUCCUCCUAAAAAUCUUCGUUUGUGUUCAGCAGAAGAAACCAAACACAUCUGGGAUGGCAUGAAUUUAAAUUUUUUAGGUGAACUAUCCCUUUAACAGUUCAUCUCUUGGUCUUUGAAGGUAUAAUUUUCAUCCGUAAUUCACUGCAUGACCAAAAAAUGUGUGUUUGAAAAUAAAUUUGACACAUUUUUUGAUAUGUUUGUGAGGGUGUUAGAAUGAUUUGGUUUAUAUAUUUGUAUACUCAAAAUGUUAAUGGCUUUUUGUUACAUGUCUAAUUCACUUUAUGAAUCAGGUUUGCAGAUAUAUAGACCAGUCUGAUCGUUUAUAUAAAACCACUAUGGCCACUAAGCCUUUCAGUCUCGCAUUAGUAGCCUUGAGUAAAUAUUUUUUUUUCCCUCCUUUAUUAUGUUACAUUUCAUCAUGUGUUUGUAAGUGAUUCGAUUAUGCUAUAUUCAAUUCAUCCCACUGAUAGAAAGAUGUACUGUACAUGAAGCAAAGACAACGAGUUUACGUAAUUUAGGACACUUAUUUUCUAAAAAUAAACAUUUUGAAUAUUGGCUUUCAUAAGAAGACUAUUUGCAUUUAUCAUUAUAGUUUUUUACUGCUUUGAUUCCCUGAGAUGUAUAAUUUCAGAACCUGGUUAAUUCUAUUAAUUAAUCAUACAUUUGUAUUAUACAUUCUGAUAGUAAAUAUGAGAAGACCUUUUCCAGUAUUUCAUAUAAUGGUGUAAAUGUUUGAUCUGAAUGCUCGCAGGGAGUACAUAUAUUGAACCUGUCAAAGAAAACUUUCAAACUGUUAUUCAUUUAGUGUUUGCAAGAGUGUUAGCCUCAGUUUCCAUUCACUGUUAUUGUGUGGAAAAAGAAAGUAAAUAUUUACUGAGAGGGUAACAUUCUGCCUAACUUCUCAUUUUGCAUUCCACGGAAGAAAGUCAUAUGAGUUUAGAACAACAUGAGGGUUAGUAUAUUAUGACACAAUUGUCAUUUGGAUGUGAACUACUGUAUGCCUUUAUGCGCGUAUCAUAAGCAGCAUACAGCAGCCGCAACUUCAUUGUCUGUUCAUAAAUAAUUAUCAUUUGCAUUUACAAUAAACAAUACUGAAAAUCUUUUUCAUAAGUGUAUUUUUAUUGGCAAUAUUUUGUUAAAUACAGUUUAUUAAAACUUUGGUUUUGUAUGUUUAUUAAUAGUGGAACUACUAUAUUAAAUAUAUUUCCUGUGGAUUUGCUUUGUUAAAUAUGGCACCAUGCUGUGACGUAGAAAAGUUGAUAAAAGUAGAUAAUAUUAACAUUAUUCUUGCUUGUAUAUAUAUUUAGUUAUGAACCCAAGAGCAUCAUAAACAUACUGGCCAACAUUUAUAUUGUAGGCUUUCUUUUUUAUAAGAUAUGAAAUACAGAGCAAUGCAAUUUAAAUA